AUGAUGCUUCACUAAUUUUAAAGUAUCCCUAGAAGGAUAUUAUUUAUAUAAAUGCUACAAAAGUUAAAUUUAACAAAAAUUAUUUUAUAAUGUGUAGCAUUUAUAUAAAUAUAAAAAAUUAUUAUAAUAACCAUUUGCUACUGUUAUCUUCACAAAUAAAGUAUUUUAAUAUUCAAUUAAAUAAAACUUAAAUCUUGA